AUGGAGACGCAAGCACUUCCUGCUCUUGCUCUAGUCCGUGGGCCAGGUGAUAAGAAACUCAUCCCGUCGUCGGACGGAACUACUUGUCGAAUCGAGAUCGAUAACGUCCCAUAUUGCUCCUUCUGCCGAAAACCUUAUCACGUUGACUCCGAAUGUUUCACCAAGAAUCCGAAACUGAAACAGAAAGACGGAGAUGGACCGAAGCCAAAGCCAGGCAGGAUGCAUACGGGCACACGCAAACAGUUGAAGAAGCGGCCUUCGACGGAUGACGAGGAUGAUGAUGCCGGUGGUCCAAAGGAUCCAAAGAAACCAACUUUCAUGGCGACGAGAGUCUCCGAGAAAGAUGUCAACGAAGCAUUUGGAAACGAUAUCGAGGGCAAUUUCGCCCUGUCCGACCAUAUUCCCAUAAUGAUGGCGAUAAAAACCCUCUCUAUUCGCGACGCGUGGAUCGUGGAUAGUGGAUGCGCUCAGCACGUCUGCAAUAGUGCCUCGAGGUUUGUCCAAAUGGCCAAGUACCAUGGCCCCUCACUUACAGGCGUUGACACCUCAACGGCUCCCUCAGGAGUGGGAACAGUGAAUAUCCUUUGCAAUGUACGCGGCAGAAAGAAAUGGCUUGUGCUUGAUAACGUCCUCUAUGUUCCAUCUGCACACGCCAAUCUCAUAUCGGUGCUCCAGCUUCUCAAACGAGGAGCAAAGGUCGAAUUCUCAAGCCGGAGUGCUAUCAUUCGCAACAAGUCAAACGAAAAGAAUCUAUAUACUGCCAACGAAUAUCAUGGAGUCUACGCACUCGAUCUGUGGACAAGUCUGACUUUUCCCUCUUACCAUGUUAGCCCGCAAAUGUCUCUGUGGCACAAUCGGCUUGCUCAUAUGAGUGAUGCAAAUCUUCGGCGACUCAAAAAGCAGGCUCACGGUGUUCGGGACAUGGAGCCACGUCAUCCAUGCAAUUCGUGUCUGCAGGGGCGAAUGAUCGAAAAACCCCACCGCAGAUCAGGAAAUAGCAGGAGAGGAGAACACGCAAUGGAGCUCCUCCAUAUUGACGUUGCAGGGCCAUUUGACGAGGGCUUGACGGCAGUCGUUACUGGCUCACCAUCGUUGACGAUUUCACGGGCUGGAUCGAGAUUAUCCCUAUACCACGAAGACAAGAGCAUCUGGCAAGCAUCCGUGCCUGCUUCGGGGCGCCAAUUGUCAAUGGCACCAUCGGAGCGGGCCCUACCUAAGCCGAGAAACGAUAUCUCGCACAUACUGCCUCGGAGUAACGAUAACUCGCGAGUGCUUACCCAGCCGAGUAACGAUAACUCGCAAACCCCAGCGUCGUCUCAAUCGAGUAACGAAGACUCGCAGCCAGCUGUUGCUGUACAGGGAGACAGGACCUUGUCGUCCAUACGGAGUGACGAUGCCCUCGGACCCCUAUCACCUGCUUAUCAGGAUUCUGUCCUUGGGAUUGACUCACCACCCGGUGGCGACCAGCAACAAGACGACGCUCAACAAGGGCUAAGUUCAGGAGAAUGGCAACGAUAUCCAGAACUCCAACUUGAACUUGACAACCCAGUUCAUGAAGUGCAACAAGGAGCACUAGAUCAUCACCCUGAAAUGAAGAUUCAGAACAUCAUCCCAACACUCUUAACGGUAGCUGCAGAGGAAACAGAACCCUCUGAGCCAAAGAAUCUGCAUCAAGCGAAGAACGACACAAGCUGGCUCGAAUGGAAAAUUGCAAUGCUUGAAGAAGUGAACUCACUCAAGCAAAACAAAACGUGGGAGCUUGUUGAUUCCCCCAAAGACCGGCGAGUUCUCAGUGGAAAAUGGGUCUUCAAACUCAAACGAGGACCUCACGGGGAAGUACUCCGCCAUAAGAGCAGAUGGGUGGUGAGAGGCUUCACACAAGAAGACGGUAUUGACUAUGAUGAAACCUUUGCCUCGGUUGUCAAGCCAAUGAGCUACAAAGCCCUCUUCGCAAUCGGAGCGGCCCUGGACUUCGAGAUCGAGCAAAUGGAUGUCAAAACCGCAUUCUUGUAUGGACAUAUAGACCACGAGAUCUACGUCGAACAGCCCCAUCACAUGACGGAUGGCACCCCAAGGGUUUGCAAGCUUCGAAAAGCCCUCUAUGGAUUAAAGCAGGCUCCUCGCAUCUGGUACCAGACCCUCACGAACUUCCUGCGCAGUCUUGGCUUCGAGCCAAUCACCGCCGAUCUUGGUAUCUUCGUUCGGAGCAAUAUGUACAUCGCGGUAUAUGUUGAUGAUCUCCUGAUCGUGGGUCCGAGUAUCGCAGAGAUCAAGAAGAUCAAGCGGAGCCUAAGGAACCGUUUUCAGAUGACAGAUCUGGGCCCAUGCAGCUACUACCUUGGGAUAUCCAUCCAGCGGGACCGCCAAAACAGGAAACUGUCCCUAAGUCAAGAAGCAUACAUUGACAAGGUUGCUCAUCAAUUUGAUAUCGGCAACUGCGCUCCCAUCGGCACGCCGAUAGAAACCUCACCGCUUCCAGAGAACAGUCCAGACUACACGUGCCCUCCAGAUCAGAGGACCUCUUACCAACGCAUGGUCGGAUCUCUGAUGUACAUCAUGCUUGGAACCAGGGGGGACAUCGCGUAUGCAGUCUCUGUGGCGAGUAGGUCACUGGCAAAUCCUGGGCCCCAGCACAUAAAACUCGCUCAACGCAUCCUGCGGUACCUCAAAGGAACCAAGAGCCUCAGACUCGCGUACAAGGGUCAGCCUCAGAAACUGAAAGGCUUCACAGAUGCAGAUUGGGGAGGAUGUCGUGACACGAGACGAUCAACAGCUGGGUAUCUCUUCAAUAUUGGAAGUGGGGCCAUCAGUUGGCAAUCGAAACGCCAGGGCGUCGUUGCUCUCUCAACGUGCGAAGCCGAAUUUCUCGGGCAGACACAAGCCACCAAAGAGGCAGUCUGGUUGAGAAGGCUUCUCAACGAAUUGAAUAUGAAUCAAGGAUUAAACGCCACGAUCAUCUGCGGGGAUAACCAAGGGGCCAUUGCUCUCUCCUCGAACCCACAAUACCACUCUCGCACAAAACAUAUGGAAAUCCAACGCAAGUGGCAGGGAGAGGUCCAAGACAACGGAACAGUGAAGCUCAAAUAUAUCCCAACCACAGAACAAAUUGCUGAUGGGUUCACCAAACCCCUUGCUCGGGAAAGAUUUGAGUGGUUUCGGAAAGGGCUUGGCGUUGAGUGA